AUGAGUAAGAUGCUGAAGUUUGUGAAGCCGUUCUGGCUGGACAUCACCCUGUCAAACAAGCACAUUUCGGCGCAGAUUGUGCAUAAGGCAACUGGGUGCACCCUCACGACCGCAACGACCAAGAGCAAGGAACUGAAAGCGACCCUCCCGAGGACCAGCGACAAGCUAGCUGCAGCUGCGGUGGGGAACUUGCUGGCUAAGAAGGCGCAGGAAAUGGGCGUACAUGCUGUCUCCUAUGACAUUCCAGAGGGCAAGACCUACCAUGGCAAAUUGAAGGCCGUGAUUGACGGUGUAGUGGAGGUGGCUGUCCUCCUGUCUUCUUGGGAGGCAGCUCCAGAGAAAGCUGGAGCAGGUGCCGGCAACAAAGAAGCUGUGGAAGCUGGCGGCGCGGUGCGCUCAGUGCAGAGCUCGAUGGCGUCCAUUGCUGAUAGUUCCUAUCUUGCCAAUGCUUGCCAAGGAGAGGCGCAGGGGCCCGCACAGGACACAUGCUGCAGGGUUGAUUUUCCCCCGGAAGCUGGGACACAGGCACGCCGAUGCAGAUCAGAGGAAUGUCCAGCUGAUUGCCCCGCUGCUUCAGAGUCAAGCGGUACGAGGCCGGACGUUGAAAAGAGGGGGGCGAAGAAAACUGCGCAGAGCUCAAGGAUGGGGGUGGAGCCAGUGCAAGGGGAGUGGAUAGUGCGCUUCCGCAAUUACAAGCAUGCCGCCAAGCACAAGCAGCUGCUCGAGCAGCACUUGGGGUUGUCCGGCGAGCUCUGGGGUUGGGUGGACCGGGUAAACCCCGCCGCAAAGCUGCCGACCGACUUUGGCCUCCUGACGGUGGCGGCCUCUGAGGAAGGGAGGCGCCUCCGGGAGCGUCUGGCAGGCCUUCCAGACGUGAAGGACGUAUCGCCGCAGAUGCGAUUUACAAGAGGUUUGGCCUGGGAUGAGAAUCAGGACCAGGACCAUCUAGGGUCGCAAGGCAGAAGGGCACGGGAAGCCAGGCCCCGGAGGAGUGACUUGCAACAGUCAAGUAGGGAGUCAGGACCAGCGGACGGCGGCGGGCCCGAAGGGGACGCAACAGGGCAAAGCGAGGGAGACUGGCACACUAAUCGGGGCGGUGCUGAUUCCACUGCUUCAGUGACUGGUCCUACUCGCAAGCGCCCUGGGCGGUUCCAAACACGGCCGAGCUUUGCGGGCGACGAAGACCCUGCCCUGGCGGGGCCGUUUGUGCGGGACAAUGCGACGGUGGGGCGGGAGCUGCUGCUAGCGCAGCGGAGCCAGAUCACGUCGAUGUUCCAGGCAGAGGAGCUGUGGAAGAAGGGGUACUCGGGGGCCAAGGUGCGCAUGGCGGUGUUCGACACGGGCGUGCGCCAGGAUCACCCGCACUUUCGGAACAUCGAGGAGCGGACGAAUUGGACGAACGAGGACACGCUGGAUGACAGUCUCGGGCAUGGGACAUUUGUGGCGGGGGUGAUAGCCAGUCAGGACGGGCAGUGCCUUGGGUUUGCGCCUGAUACAGAGAUAUACGCCUUUCGGGUGUUCACCAACGCACAGGUUUCGUAUACCAGUUGGUUCCUAGAUGCGUUCAACUACGCCAUAGCAACCAAGAUGAACAUCCUGAACCUGAGCAUUGGAGGGCCAGACUACUUGGACAGGCCGUUUGUAGAGAAGGUGUGGGAGAUGACGGCCAACAACAUCAUCAUGGUGUCCGCCAUCGGCAACGAUGGGCCGCUCUACGGCACUCUCAACAACCCUGCCGACCAGAGCGACGUUAUCGGCGUCGGCGGCAUCGACUACUCUGACGCGAUCGCCGCCUUCUCCUCCCGCGGAAUGAGCACUUGGGAGCUUCCGCACGGGUACGGCCGUGUGAAACCCGACAUUGUCGCUUACGGACGUGACGUCAUCGGGUCGAAGAUCUCGGGGGGCUGCAAGAGUCUGUCGGGAACUAGUGUGGCGAGCCCCGUGGUGGCGGGCGCAGUUUGUCUGCUUGCGAGCGUGGUGCCGGAGGAGCGGCGGUGGGACAUACUCAACCCUGCCAGCAUGAAGCAGGCGCUCGUGGAGGGCGCAGUCAAGCUGUCAGGCCCGCACAUGUUCGAGCAGGGAAUGGGCCGGCUGAACCUGAUCGAGUCGCACAAGAUCUUGGAGGCCUACACCCCGCGCGCCAGCAUCUCUCCCGCGACGCUGGACCUCACCGAGUGCCCCUACGCCUGGCCGUUUUGCCAGCAGGCCAUCUACCACGACGGGAUGCCGCUCAUCUUCAACGCGACCAUCCUGAAUGGCAUGGGGGUCGUGGGGUACGUAGAGGGGAUCCCUCGCUGGGAGCCGACCAACGAGGAGGGCAAGCUGCUCGACCUGCAGAUGACAUUCUCGGACGUCAUCUGGCCCUGGACCGGUUUCCUGGGCCUGUACAUCCGCGUCAGCCAAGCCGGCUUUAAUACCACGGGCGUCGCAGAGGGGGUUGUCCAUGUCACGGUCAUCUCGCCCCCUGCGCGUGGCGAGACUCAGGACCGCCGCUCCAAUUGCAGCCUCCCUGUGCGCGUGAACAUAAUCCCGACGCCACCGCGCAGUGCGCGUGUCCUCUGGGACCAGUUCCACAACGUGCGCUACCCCCCAGGCUACCUCCCGAGGGAUUCGCUCGACGUGCGGAACGACAUCUUGGACUGGCACGGCGACCACCCGCACACCAACUUCCACGGCAUGUACGACGCGCUGCGGUCCAACGGAUACUUUCUGGAGGUGCUCGGGUCGCCCUUCACGUGCUUCGACGCCGAAAAGUAUGGGGCGUUGCUGCUGGUGGACUCGGAGGAGGAGUACUUCCCGGAGGAGGUGGCCAAGCUGCAGGACGACGUGCGCAGCAAGGGGCUGGGCCUCAUCGUGUUUGCGGACUGGUACCAGGUCGCGGCCAUGGUCAAGAUGAAGUUCUUCGACGACAACACGCGCAGUUGGUGGACCCCCGCCACGGGCGGCGCCAACGUUCCCGCCCUGAACGACCUCCUCUCCGGCUUCGGCAUCGCAUUCGGCGACACGAUCCUGGCGGGGUCCUUUUCCAUGGGCGCCGAGCGCACCCAUUUCGCCUCAGGCGCCAAUCUCGCGCGCUUCCCGGCCAACGGCACCGUGCACCGCUUCAGCCUUCAGGUGCAGAGCGAGGCCGAGACAGCGCCGCCGAAUGAGGUUGUGCCAGCUGUCGUGCAGCCACUCAAUCCAGCCGAUGCUAACCGGACCGUCGUCGGAGUUCUGGCGGUGAACGGGACAGCGGUCUCGCGGGGGGGUGAGAUUGCCAAUAAUCUGACGGGGGUGGUUGUCCAAGCCGGGCACUCGGCUGCGGGGGCAGCGAAGAAGGUCAACGAUUCCGUGGACGCGGUUGGAACGGCGGAUGCUGGGGCGCUGGGAAACGACCUAAACGUGACUCGCGCGGAGGGGGAGGAGAAGAAUGCGACGUCAGUCGAGUCGGUAAGCCGGAAAAACGACUCGGAGGCAGGGGUGGAUGGCCCCGCGUUUGAGGACGUGCCGAACGAGCGAGGCGGUUUCGACCCCGCGCGAAACGCGGAGCUGAACGAGGUGCAGUUGGAAGAAGAGCGCCGGAAAAGGGCCCGGCGGACCGCGAAGGAUGUUCCGAUUGGCAGAUUGCGACCGGCCGAUAAGGGUGCUUUGUCAAGGAAAAAGGAACGGGGGGAUAGUGCCGGGGUGCGGAGUGGUGAAACCAUGGGGAUCGGAGAAGCUUCUUCGGUUCAGGGGGCUGAGAGCAGUCAGCGGCGGAGGCUGGCGGGCGCCCCCAAUUCCAUGGCGACCGCUCCGAUCCUGGGCCUGACCACAGCGGGGGAGGGCAGGAUUGUGGCGUACGGGGACUCGAACUGCCUCGACAGCAGCCAUCAGGUGGUCAACUGCUACUGGCUGCUGCUCCAGAUGCUCGACUUCGCGGCGGGUGGCAACAAGCCCACCACGCUCUUCCCCAUCGGGUUCUCGCAGAGCGAGCCCGUUGGGACCGACGCGCUGCUCCCGAAGAGGCGAGAUGACGUCAAUUUCACGGAAUACUCGGCGGUGCUAGGGAAGCCGCUCGAGUGUGGCCUAGAUUCGCCGUUUCAUACUGCAAGCCCGCUGCCGCCCGCCUCGUCGGUGCCCAUCAGCCGCAGCGCGGGGCUGGGCCUCAAGGAGCGCCGCGAGGCGUCGGAGCGGCUGCGAGAGGCGGAAGACCUGAAGGGCCUGUCCAACGGGGACUGGGAGCAAGUGUCGGACCAGGUGGGGGGGGCACAGGAACGGCCCGCCAAGAAGGGGGGGGUAUCAGUAGAUCCUAACGAAGAGAGUACGGAGAGAGAAAGAGAGGUAAAAGAGGGGGAAGUUCUGCCGGUCGGGGGGGAAGGCAUCGGGUUUGAGGAAAAGGGGGGGGGAGAAAGGAACGCGACGGAGGGGGGGCAGGUUGCAAGCGUGGAGGACGAAGAGCUGGGGAUUGAUGACGAGGACGAAGCGGAGGGGGGGUGGCACGCAGCGGGCGCGACAGCGAACAAGACGCGGGGGGAGGAUGCGAAACCGAAGGAGAACAAGGGCGGGAGUUCGUCCUCGCUCCUGCAACGGAUCAAACCCUCGAACGAGCCCCUGAGCCAAAGCUACUACGGCUAUGUGUCCCUACUGCUAGUGGUCAUCGGUUUUGCUUUGAUCCUUCUUCUGUGGCGAGCGCGCCAGAAGCGGAAGCGCCAAGUGAAUGCCCACAGGGACUCUGACGAUGGGGGCGAAAGUCUCAAGGCGUCGAGGGGUGACGUAGAUUUUUACGGGUCUAGUGACGAUAGGCAAGGGAGAACGGCCAAGGAAAGGAAGGCGGUCGUGCCGGGGAAAGAGAGGCCGACGAGCCCGCACUCGCCAUCUAGCAUGGUCUAGGUCUUGAGUAGCUAGGAUGUAGCCGAGAAAGUCGCAGUUGAGGAGGAAUAACCUUGAAACGUGACCGUGCCUCGCUCGAGGCCUGCAUCGUUUUUCUCAUCCACUCCGUGGAAGUAGACCUGCCUCCGGCAUGAUCUUGAUCAGAGCGAACGUUACUCUUGUAUGCCUUUUGGGAUUGUGAGUCGAGACAAUCACCGAGAAUUUUUCACAAGCCAC